CAAACCUUUCAGGAACAGAGCAAUAAGCAGCUUCGUGUCACUGGACCAAUCAUCUGCAGCAGCUGAGAGCGGGCUGCCUUUGUCCAGGGAGCUCCUGUUUCAUUGUGACCCUGCAUUUAUUCAGGAACGCUGGCCCUGAAUGUUAGUCCCCUGAUGAGAGGAGGAAAGGCUGGAAUCAGAGGCUCCGUGUCCUUUUGCUCACUUUUAAGGCGUCUUUGUGGGCACAGAUAUCAGGAGCACAGUUUUCCAUGUUCCUGAUGAUCCGUUAGUAAAGCCAGAACCGAGGGAACCAGGAUUCACCUGCUGUGCUCCGACAGAACCGUCCACAGGGUUAGACACCUCAGCCAGUUCUCAGAGAGGGAAAACCACCUCAUGCACGAUGCCCGGCAAAGUCCCGCUGCUGCUGCUGCUGUCGUUGCUGUCCUGGUUCGGCACAUCCCACUGCUGCCUGCAGGACCCCGCUUCAGCCUACAGAUUCACCGGAGCCGUGUGCAGGCUCACCUACCCCGCUGCUGUCGUGUUGAAUGAGAAAACCACUAAAGUGAUCGAGGCGGCUUUUCAACACGCCCGAUACCCGAGCAUGAAGGGGGAGAAGUCCCUGCUCUUCAUUGGAAAGGUCAUGUACGGCCUGGACAAUUUGGAGAUUCACAACCUGUCGAUUGGUCAGAGCGCGUUUGAGCUGCAUCCAGGUGAAGGCAUCGCCAUGGAGAUAAGCAAUGUGUCUGCAGUGUUCAAGGGCAGCAUCCAGUAUGGAUACGGCAGCUGGCUUGUUAACUUCGGACAUUCAGUUGACUUUGAGAUUGACUCUCAGAUUGAUCUUGGAAUCAACCCCAAACUUUACUGCGGUGAUGGAAAGGUAGCAGCAGACACAGCAGACUGUUACUUGAACUUUCACAAGCUGCGUCUGCACCUGCAGGGAGACAAAGAGCCGAACUGGCUGAAGAAGCUCUUCACCGACUUCAUCACGCUUACUGUCAAGCUGGUCAUCAAGGGACAGAUCUGUAAGGAAAUCAACAAGGCGGCAAAUAUACUGGCUGACUUCAUACAGGACACGGCAGAGCAGUUCCUCACUGAUGGAGACAUCAGUGUGGACAUCGGUAUCGCUGCUGCUCCGGUCAUCACAGCAAACUACAUUGAAUCAUACCACAAGGGACUGACCAAGUACAACAACAAGGUUGCUGUCAUCAAUGAAUCGGUUUUCCAGCCGAGUCACCUGACUGAAGACAGGAUGAUCUACUUUUGGAUUUCAGACCAGUUCUUAAACCCGAUGCUCAAAGCAGCUCACCAAGAUGGCCGCUUUCAGCUCAAUGUCUCUGGAGAAGAGCUCACCACGCUCCUCAGGACAAACCUCUCUACUGCCAUGCCUGAGCUUAUUAGGAAGUGUCUGCUGGAUGCAGCUUCCCCAGAGUUAAGACUGUGGAGUUCAUCUGUUCCACAUUUGAACAGUUCCACCUCGGGAACCACAGUUUGGGUGCAGGCAUCUGGACGGCUCCACUGUGAGGGCCAAGGCACACCAGUACUCUUCUUUCAGACGGACAUGGCCGUAGACAUCACAACUUCCUAUGUUAACAAGAAAGUCCUCCUGCAAGGUCAUCCAACAGAGAUCUCAGCAUUCAGAGCUGAGCUGCCGUUACAGGAUCAGCAGCGACAUGAUGAAGCACUCGAGUUCCUAAAGGAAGCUGUGGUGAAAGUUGGAACUCCCAAAGUCCUGUCUGUUCUGGGAGUUGAGCUAACCAGGCUUCUGGACAAACAGGGAUUGUACCAGUUUGAUGUCUUUAACCCUGAGGUGCUUCCCCGGGACGGCUUUGUGGUGAUUCAGAUGGAUUUUGGUUUCCCUCAUCACCUUCUGGUCGAGUUUCUCAAGAGGACACUUCAGUAACCUUUAAAUGUCCGACCCGAGAGUGUGUUUUAAUCUGAAAACUCAGCUAGGACUGAUGUGAGUCAGAACAUGCUUCUGUCAGUUAGUUGGUGAACAUUUUGUUUGUUGUCGUUUGAUUAAAAUUAAAUACCAUGUAAAAGCUUCUGCAGGUGAUGUACAGUCAGUAAAGAUUACCACAAUUAUUGUGAGACUUUGCCUCACCUGAUUGUGUGAGUUAUUGAGAUCAACACAAGGUGUGAGUGAAAGAAGGCGUCCACGUCCACUGUGAACGACCAUCCUUGAACAGAGGAGCUGGCUUACACCUGUCUGCCACCUAUAAUCUAGUUUUGAGAUCCUCUCCUAGACGCCUUAUCGCCCACUCACAGCUUUGACAAAUGCCCAGCUGGGACAAGCACAUUUACUCAGGGCUUUGAUGAUGUGGUGUUCUUCUGUUUCCCUGACGGCUGUAUCUGUGGGGAUGGUGUUCACUCUGUGCUGGAGCGUCCUGUAGCAUACGAAUGUUUAUUUUCACACUGACGUUUGAGACACUGCUCUGAUAAACAUAAUCACAGGAAUCUGUUAUUCUGUCUGGAAACAGGAGUGGAGGAUUUCACGAGGAUGAAAAUACACAGUUAUUAACUGUUUUAUAUAUUUUGUUUGUUUUGUGCCUGUAAAGUUUAGUUUUGCUUUGUGGACAGUCGUUGUUUGAGAGAUGCUGUAGAAGGACAGAAUACCUGCACCGUGAUCCAAGUACACUCGUAAAGGACUGACCCUCAGACAGGAGUUUGGAUGUUUUACUAGUGUAUGUUUUUUGUCAUAAUCUAAUGCCCAAGAUUGUUCAUUAAAACUCAUUCAUAUGCUGAAUAA